AUGGAGGCCAAGGGCGCCCGGGCGUGGGAGGGCGGGCCGGGCAACUUGUCCAUGCCCGUCACGCUGCUGCUGCCGCCGAACGUGUGCGGCGUGGCGCCCGCGGAUGUAGGCAGGGCGCUGACGCCGCAGCAGGUGGUGGUGCAGCCCCCGCCCCCUCCCGCCGCGGGCGAUGCCCCCGGGGCCGAUGCACCGGUCUUCGUGCUCCUGCCGGAGGACGUCGGGCGGGUGGAGUACCGGAUGGUGGCGCCAGGCGCCCAGCCGGUCGUGCGUCAGCCGCCCGUGAGGGGCGUUCAUGACGGGAGCCUGUUGUCAUCGCUGCUUAGCCAGUACUUACCGGAUGGCAUGCCCCGGCGGGAGGACCAGGCUCUCGGGGUCAGGCCCGGCGGGGGCCGGCUGGCCGUCAGGCCGCCCGCCUGCACGGCGACGGAUACGGUGCCGGCCGGCCCGCAGGGAUCCGGGGGCUCCGGGAAGGACAGCGCCGACACCGACCCCAGCUUUGCGUCCGCGGAUGGGAUGUCGGGCCUGGAGAACAACGCGGCGGAGGAUGUGGCGCCGGCAUCCGGCGCCCUGCGCAAGGCGCGGGGCAGGCGCGAGGGCGGGCCGUUCCAGGACGUGCCGAUAUCCAAGGACGAGAAGCGGCGGGAGAGGAACAGGCGGGCGCAGCGGAAUUUCAGGGAGCGCCAGAGGAACAGGAUCCUUGGCCUGGAGGAGGAGCUAACGCGGCUCAAGGACAGGGUCCGUCGGCUGGAGGUGGAGUACGCGGAGCUGAACCGCGAGAACCAACUGGUGAAGCAGUGCGUGGGAUUUGUUGGGGACCCCCCCGCCGUCCCUCGGGGGACGUAUCGCCGGCCGCCAUCCCCUGACGGCGGCGUUGCCAGCAUCGAAGACCAAUUGUUCGGAAAGCACGUGGGCGGUGCGCUCUUGCAGACCGUCAAGGCGCUGUCGCGCUGA